AUGCUGAUUUUUCACGGAGAAUGGAAGAUAAAAAGCAGACGAGUGAAUGAUGGGAAAAGCAGAGGAAAGAAGGCAUUCUUUAUUGGAGGCGAUGCGCUUGCUGUUGCUAUUGAUUCUGAAUCUGCAUUUUUACGUUCAUUUCUCCUCCCCUUGAUUUCCUCCUUCUAUUCUUUCUCUGCCUCUGCUUUACGCUCUCUUAGGAAGCCUGCCUUCACACUAAAACCGGUUCAUUCUCCCUGUCUAUCUUCAUCUACGAGCUUUCCUUUUUUUGACUGCCUGAUUGUCAAUGACAAGAUUUUGCUACGUUUUGCUGAUACUGUUAAGCUCACAUUAUUUUUCUUUCAAAUUAUUCAUCAUUGUUCUAUUUAUUUUCUUUAUUCGUCUGUUUAUUUCUUUGUCGUUUCGUAUUCUUCUCUCCUCUUUUCUUCCUUUCCCGUUCCCCGCUUUUUUUUUCAGUGUUUUUCUUAUUUCUUUAUUGACAUGCAGUCAUCAAGAUAA